AUGACGUCGGUUUCUUUCUCUUUCGGGAACAGCAUCGUCCUCAACGGAGGAAGCGCAUCAUCCAUCAUCGGAAAUAAAGGAAAACAACAACAGCAGCAACCGCAGCGACGCGUCAAAGUCGUCGUCUCUGCUUCAGAGAACGAUGAAAAAGCGAAAGUGAAAUCGUACCUCGACGCCGGGAAGAAAACGAAAAACUCGGUCGGUUUGAGGAACUCGUUUUACGCCGGAACGUUUACACCGAUGAAAUUUGCCAAAUCUGGCACGCAAUUCUACAAGUCUUCGGCUUCGGGUGGGGCGAACAAGAAGAAGUUUCAAGCGCCAAAGAAGAAACCGUUGAUGAUGAAACCGAAAGCAAAACCGAUGAUUUCGAAACCAAUCAUCAAGAUUAAACCGAUUUCGUUCGCCGCGACGACGCCGAAGAAGAAGUCGUCGUUCGCGGCGCCAAAGCCGAAACGUUUGAACGUUCCGAAGAAGAAGAAGCCGGUGUACACGCCGUUUCCGGCGCUGAAGCGCUCGGGACCGCCGGUCAAGUCGCAGUAUACGAUUAAGAAGCAACCGAUUAAACCAGUGAAGCAAAUCGUGAAUUCGAGAGGGAAGGUUGCGACGAAGGCGCCGGCGACGAAGAGAGCGCAGACUUUGGUGUUUUCGAACAUAUUCGCAAGUUUGAGCGGCGGCGGAGAGAAGAAGACGAAGAAGACUGCUUCUCCGGCGGUCGCGCCGCCUCCUGCCGCGAAGGCGGUCAAAAUCGCGUUGCCAGUGCAAAUGAAGAAGAAAGAAGAGCAAAAGAAGGCGAAUGAUGACAUGUCCAGAGACGAAAUCGGCACUUACGGUUUGAUCGCCGCUUUUUCCUUGGCCUCUUUCUCUUCUUUAGUCGUUUUGCCAGUGGCGUUGGGAGACGUUUUUGAAUUGAUUGGAUUGGGCGUAUCGGCGUAUUUCGUGUACUCGUUAGUCGUCAAAGACGACGAUUUGGGUUUGUCUAAAACGCUAGACGAGGUCGAAUCGCAAACCGGGUUGGACGUUCGAGAGCUGACGAAUUCCACGGUUGGGUUAGUCAAAGAUACCGUGAACACGGUGUCGAGCAACACGAAAAAGACCAGCUACCCGAAAAAAUCCGAGACGCCGAAGCCGGUCGUCGCGGCGGCCCCGGUUGAAUCCGAAGAACCAAAAGAAGACGACGAGGAUUAA